GUACAUGGAGUGAGUGAAGCCAGACAAGUUGAGCUGAAAAGGCUAAGUCCGAAUGGCGAGGGCCCAUUACCGGAAAGAGUUGCAGGUCUGCAUCGCGUGAGAUCGAACGGUGCAGACCUGAGUAUAGAAGACAAAGGUUGGGGUCCUGUGGAGACCCAAAAACUCCCCUAUGCCGCAGAUGCGAUGAACAUCCUGGGAGAGUCAGCAGUCUGUGGCUCAGCCGGGGAACCGCAGCCCGGAGGCCCUGGAACCUCCCAGGAGAGGGCAGCAAACCAGCUAUUCAUCCUUACUGAAGACAAAUGCAAGUAAAAGAAACAGCAAGAAAUGGCGGAUUCUCCUGGAAAUAUGUCUCAGGAUCUGUUGGCAUUCAGAGAUGUGGCUGUGGAAUUUUCCCAAGAGGAGUGGGGAUGCCUUGACUCUGCUCAGAGGGCUUUGUACAUUGAUGUGAUGUUGGAGAAUUACAACAACCUGGUAUCUGUAGAGAACUAUUGCAUGCGUGAUACUGUUGAUCAACAUGUGGAUACAGAAAAAGAGACUUGUCAGUAUAAUGAGCUUGGCAAAAUUCUUCAUGAACACUUCAAAUGUGCACUUUAUAAAACUAGUGUAACUACAGAAACCUCUAAAAACUACAGAUGCUGUAAUGACAGGGGUGUGUCUAAUGAUUCAUCAAACGCAGAUAGACAUAAAAACACGCACACUGGAGAAGAACCGUGCGAACCUAAAGACUGUGAGAAAUCUUUCAGUUUGAGUUCCAACAUUAGUCAAGAUCAGAGACUCUACACUGCAAAGAAAGAGCACAGACAAGAAGACUAUGAUGACCAUUUCAGCUCUACACACAGACUCAUGCAACAAAUAAACUACGUUGGAGAGAAACCACACCAGUGUGGGAAAUGUGGGAAAUGCUUCAGUACUUCCUCAAAUCUCACUGUACACCAGAGAAUUCACACUGGAGAGAAACCCUACAAGUGCAACCUUUGUGACAAAUCUUUUUCCCAGAGCACAACUCUUAAAACACAUCAAAGACUUCAUACUGGGGAAAAACCUUACAAAUGCAGAGAAUGUGGAAUGUCAUUUCCUUACUUGUCAUCCCUUAAAGUCCAUCAGAAUUUGCAUCCUGGAGCGAAGCCAUACAAAUGUAAGGAAUGUGACAAAUCUUUUACUAUAAAGUCAACUCUUAUAAAACAUCAGAGAAAUCAUACUGGAGAGAAACCCUACACGUGCAAUGUUUGUGACAGAUCCUUUAGACAAUGUGCAAAUCUUAAAACACACCAAAGACUUCAUACAGGAGAAAAACCUUACAAGUGCAAAGAAUGUGGAAAGUCAUUUACUCAGUCCUCCUCCCUUAAAAAACAUCAGAAUUUGCAUACUGGAAAGAAACCUUACAAAUGUGAGGAAUGUGACAAAUCUUUUACUGAGAAGACAACACUUACAACACAUAAAAGAAUUCAUACUGGAAAGAAACCCUACAAGUGCAACAUGUGUGACAAAUCCUUUAACAGUUGUACAAAUCUUAAAACACAUCAAACACUUCAUACUGGGGAGAAACCUUACAAGUGCAAGGAAUGUGGAAAGUCAUUUCCUUACAUGUCAUCCCUUAAAAUACAUCAGAAUUUGCACCCUGGAGAGAAGCCUUAUAAAUGUAAGGAAUGUGACAGAUCCUUUACUCUGAAGUCAAGCCUCAGAACACAUCAGAUAAUUCACACUGGAGAGAAACCCUACAAGUGCAACAUUUGUGGCAAAUCCUUUAACCAGUGUACAAAUCUUAAAACACAUCAAAGACUUCAUACUGGGGAGAAACCUUAUACAUGCAAAGAAUGUGGAAAGUCAUUUCAUUACUGGUCAUCCCUUAAAAGCCAUCAGAAUUUGCAUACUGGAGAGAAGCCUUAUAAAUGUAAGGAAUGUGACAAAUCCUUUACUGAGAAGUCAACUCUUAUAAAACAUCAAAGAAUUCACACAGGAAAGAAGCUCUACAAGUGCAACAUUUGUGACAAAUCCUUCACCUGGUGUGCAUCUCUUAAAGCACAUAAAAAGUUCCAUACUGGGGAGAAACCUUACAAAUGCAGAAAAUGUGGAAAGUCUUUUCCUCAGUUAUCAACCCUUAAAAGACAUCAGAAAAUUCAUGAAGACAAAGGACAUACUGGGGAGAAGCUUUACAAGUGCAAUGACUGUGACAGAUCCUAUACCUACCAUUCGUCAUUUAGAAGGCAUCAGAAAAUUCAUUCUCCAUAGAAAUUAUACAAAUGCAUAGAAUGUAGUAAGUACUAUAUUGAACUGUCACAUCUUAAAAUCCAUUAUAGGAUCCAGACUGAAAAGAAACAAGUAUAUGGACUGUGACAAAUCAUUAACCAAUCACUCAUAUUUUAAAAGACAUCAGUGUUCAUACUGAAAAGAGAGAGACCUUACAUAUGUAAGGCAUGUGACAAAUCUUUUUAUAAGUGCUUUACUCCUGGAGAACAUCAUAAAAUUCAUAUUGGGAAGAAAAACACCAAUUUAAAUAAUGUGACAUAGCAUUUGUCUUAUAUUCUCUACUUACAAAUCACAACAUUAUACGUAAUGUAAACAUAACAAUAAGAAA